UCCCCGCCGGGCUCGCGCCUCAGAGGCCGGUGAGGCGCCGGCGGCCACGCCGCGGAGGGCGCGGGCCGAGCAGAGCCGGGCGUUGAGGCCCGCGCGCGCAUGGAGGCGUUGCCGGCAGGCCCCUGAGGGCAGCGGGGAGACACGACCCGGCGACCUCGCGCAUCCCUCGAGCCGCCACGCGCUCUCGCCACCGGGCGGCGACGGGCCGCGGAGCCGGAGCGGCCAUGGCGACGGGCGGCCAGCAGAAGGAGAACACGCUGCUUCACCUCUUCGCCGGCGGGUGUGGAGGCACAGUUGGUGCUAUUUUCACUUGUCCACUAGAAGUCAUUAAGACGCGGUUGCAGUCUUCGAGAUUAGCUCUCCGGACAGUCUACUAUCCUCAGGUUCAUCUGGGGACCAUUAGUGGAGCUGGAAUGGUGAGACCAACAUCUGUGACACCUGGACUCUUUCAGGUUCUGAAGUCGAUCUUGGAGAAAGAGGGACCAAAGUCACUUUUUAGAGGCUUGGGUCCAAAUUUGGUUGGAGUUGCACCAUCAAGGGCUGUAUACUUUGCAUGUUACUCCAAAGCCAAAGAGCAAUUUAAUGGCAUUUUCGUGCCUAACAGCAAUAUUGUGCAUAUUUUCUCAGCUGGCUCUGCAGCUUUUAUCACAAAUUCCUUAAUGAAUCCUAUAUGGAUGGUUAAAACCCGAAUGCAGCUAGAACAGAAAGUGAGGGGCUCUAAGCAGAUGAAUACACUCCAGUGUGCUCGUUACGUUUACCAGACUGAAGGCAUUCGUGGCUUCUAUAGAGGAUUAACUGCCUCUUAUGCUGGAAUUUCCGAAACUAUAAUCUGCUUUGCUAUUUAUGAAAGUUUAAAGAAGUAUCUGAAAGAAGCUCCAUUAGCCUCUUCUGCAAAUGGGACUGAGAAAAAUCCCACAAGUUUUUUUGGACUUAUGGCAGCUGCUGCUCUUUCUAAGGGCUGUGCCUCCUGCAUUGCUUAUCCACACGAAGUCAUAAGGACAAGGCUCCGGGAAGAGGGCACCAAGUACAAGUCUUUUGUCCAGACGGCGCGCCUGGUAUUCCGGGAAGAAGGCUAUCUCGCCUUUUAUAGAGGACUCUUUGCCCAGCUUAUCCGGCAGAUCCCAAAUACUGCCAUUGUGUUGUCUACUUACGAGUUAAUUGUGUACCUGUUAGAAGACCGUACUCAGUAACAUGCCAGAAAAUUGUGCUCUAGAAGAAUAAAACUGAAAAACUCUAGAGAAUUUUUCCCCCAUUGAUGUUUAGAACGUUUGAGACUGAAACAGGAAAGGCCAUAAAAUAUCUGGCUAAUAUCACCUGUUGGACAUUUCCUUUUGGAUUCAUGCUUUCUGGAAGGUUUAAAUUCAUUAACGUUAAUAGUUAAUUAUAACAUUUUUUUUAACUUAAGAGGAUUCAGGGUUAAGCACCAACUAAAUUAAAUCAUGCUAUUUAAUUUAAGUAUA